AUUAUUAUAACAAUUUAUUUUAAUAUAUUUUAUUCUCAAAUAAAAGGUUCACCGUUCAAGUAAGAUCUAACAUUUUAUUGAAAGUGUGCAUUUUGCAAUUGAUUUACAUUAUUACAUUAGGCCAAUUCCCAGUCAUUCUGUUUUCAAUAUUCGCAAAAUAUAUAAAAAUGGUUCAAAAAGGACCUAGACCACUAGUAUUGUGUGGACCUUCCGGCUCGGGAAAAAGUACCCUAUUAAAACGUCUUCUAAACGAGUUUCCUGAUAAAUUUGGGUUUAGUGUGUCCCAUACUACAAGGAACCCACGUCCUGGUGAAAAGGAUGGUGUGCACUACCAUUUCACUAACUCAAAUGAUAUGCAAGCUGCAAUUGAAAACGGAGAGUUUAUAGAAACAGCAACAUUCAGUGGAAACAUGUACGGAACGAGUAAGAAAGCUGUUGAAGAAGUAUGCCGCAUUGGAAAAACAUGCAUACUUGAUAUUGAAAUUGAAGGAGUCAAACAGAUCAAACGUACAGACUUAAAUCCUCUGCUUGUAUUUGUGAUGCCACCAUCCAUCGAGGAACUGGAAAGAAGAUUACGUAUGAGAAACACAGAAACUGAAGAGUCUUUAAAGAAACGCCUUGACACAGCUCGAAAAGAGAUUGAAUAUGGUAUGGUGCCUGGAAACUUUCACAUUACCAUUGUUAAUGACAACUUGGAUAAAGCUUACUCAGAGCUACGUGAUUUUAUUUCUCAAAACUUCAAUCAUAAAGUUGAAGCUUGUAUCUAAGAAAUUUUGUGGUCCUAACAAUAUUUUUUUACAUUGAUGAAAUGGAAUAAGGAAAUAAACUUGACUACUGUGCAUUUAACAAUGACCAAUUUUACAGUUUAUAAGAACAGAUUGCGACUUCAAAUAAAGACUACUUAGGGAUGUGUAUAAUAAACAAAAAACAUAUAUAAUAUGUAUUAUAAUAUGUGCAGGAUUAUAUGUUGGGGUGACGGAAAGCCAGAUUUCUUCACUACGUACGACAUCCAUUCAGAGAAAUGUAUCCACUUGGCAUAAAACAUCCUAAAGGACAUAAUAUUAUGUAUUCCUUGAUAACAAUAAUAUUCAUAAUAUUAUAACCUUUAGUGUAGACUGUGCAGACAAUUCUUAUAUUGUUUCUUAUUUAAAAUUUAUAACUGUUGAAGGUUUUCAAGUUUAGAAAUGUUAAUUGUUGACUAUGCAAUGUAAGCAUUACAUAUUAUAUAGAAAAUUUGUAGUACAUACUUCACAAUAUUAAGUUUAAAAUGAAAUGAGUCCUUUUAAAUACCGUACAUUCCCUAAAUUGUAUUAUCUACUCUAAUUAAAUUGUGCCAACAAAAAUCGCCAUUUCAUAUACUUAUAAUGUUUUCUCGAAUUAUUAAUAUAGUUCUGUAAUACUAGUCACGAUUUUUUUAAUAGGUCCUUUUAGGGGGCGAAACUGCCAUUAGUUAGUGUUGGCGCACGAAAUUCAAGAGUACCGUAGUAAAAAUAUAUAGGGCAAAGUGGGGAAGCUGCGGAAUAUUAUACUGUACCGUGUAGUUUACAAAAAUAUUACAAAUUGUGAGUGUCUCUAAUUUCUCACCGUAAAAACUUUUUUGAUAUUAUAAUAAUUUGUAUGGCAUCAAAUUAAUUAGUUUGUAUGCCACUAGGGGCGCUGUUUCGAUGCCACACAACACAUUUAACGUGCAUAAUUACUCGUUCACAAAUCACACUAUGGUACGAUCUUGAAUUUCAAAGCUCUUAUUUAUAGUCCAAACUUUCAUAACUUAUAAUAUUAUAUUAUUUACUAUACCAGUGCUACUUAUGUUUUAAGACUGUUUAGCCCAACAUUGCCCUAGAAAAAUAAACAGUUGAUGAAUAUUACAUACAAAAUAAUAUUGGUUUUGCCUUAACUACUAUGUAUUUAAUUCAUGUUCUGCAUAAUUAAUCCAUUUUGCUAUUGCUCCUUGGCAAUCGUCGUUUUUCAGAUGUCUCUCAUUUCUUAACUAUAAUAACGAAGAUGACCAAGCUAAAAGGCAAAUGGUUUCACUGUAUACUUUUUCAUUUGUUAUUUUGUUAGUCUGAUUUUUGGUUGUGAGUUGUAAGCACUCGUGCAUUGAUAAUAUUGUAUAUUGUAAUGUAAUACGUUUCACUAGAACCUAUUUUACUUAAAUAUAAUUUUAUAAAUCUGCUUAUUAUGUUGCUUUUAAUUCAUUAUUGUAUAGUCUGUCAAGAAAGUGAAGAAAGUGAAGAAAUUAAAAAGAUGCGACCCGGU